UUUGGAGCUUGUACUCCUAUACUGGAAGAGAUGGUGAGUAAUCACCCCUCCAUAGACUUGCGUGCCUCCCAAGACAGUGCAGAUCUGUAUUACACCCCUCUCUGUCAUCUUUUUACCAGGCUGUGGAGCCAUUCCUCACACAGAGGCUGGUCAUUCCUGCUUCUCUUCUCUGAGCCUUUUCCAUAUCCCUCUUGAGAUGGAGGCAACAGGGAGAGCCAGACCUGCAUGCAGCCUCCUGACCAUGGGCACAUCGCCAGCUUACGCAGCGGCAGGGUUUCUUUUCUCAUCCUGUUUCUUUCCUGCUCACUUCCAACAUUCAGUUUUCCGCUUUCUCUGCUCCAGACAUUUUGCAAACAUCAUUUAGCACUAACCCUAAGAUGUCCUUCCUGGGAGGAGUCACGCUGGUCAGAGCCCAUCACCGGGUUACCAGCGUUAGGACUGGCUUCUGUGCAUUUGCUCUGCCUUUGCCUGCACGGAGUUUCCUUGUCCUCCUUACCGUCCCACUGUUCAGUGAGAGGGACCCGGCAGCUCCUUGCAGCCUGCACUUGUCUGCUCUGCUCUGAAAAUCUCAAUGCUGGUGGCAAACAUGAUUGCUUUGCUAUUCCUGCCCUUUUUCAGACCAUUUCCGGACACACUCAGUGGUUCUCACAGGUAACAUCCCUUUGCUGUGAAAACAGACCCUUUAUUCAGUCCUUCCUUUCCUUCCUGUAAUGACUGAUCUGCCCAGUGGGUUUUUCUCUCUCCCUCCUGUACAGCACCUUGUCCCCAAGGGCCUGUGGUGGGAGGCCAGGACAGACAUCUCACUGGACACCCCAGCAGACCAUGUGAACCAGGUCUCCUUCCCCGCAUCCUUGCUGGAUGGUCUUGUGAACCCCCUUGGCCAAGAGCAGGACCCAAAGCUUGGCAGAGAGGUCUCUAACUGCAGGGUGGCAAAGCCAGUUGCUCUCCGCCAGCAUGGCCUGGGAGGAGACCUGCAGCCAGGGUGUAGGCGGGUGAGUCAAGGUGGGUGGAAGAGCUGGAGAUGGCAUCUCAUCUACACACAUUAAUAAUGGAGACAUCCUUCUGACGCUGCCAUCAUCUUGUGGCUGGAGGGAAGGAGAUGAAGUAGUGGCUGCUGACGCACAGGGGAGCUCUGCUUUCAGCCGAAGUGAUUGAGGGGCAGAGCACACCCAGCCAGGUGCUACUGCUUUGGCAGGAAGCCCCACAUUGCCGGAGCCAGGAUAACCUGACAGGUAUGGGGGGAGCUGAGCGGUAUGGGGCCCUGGGGCCUGGGCAAACGGGUGCCCAUUCUAACCAGACCACAGUGCCACCACCACAUGGGACUCCUGGCCAUUGUUUUGUACCCCAUGAUAUUAGCUGCUGGUUUUGCUCGACAGCAAACUUCUCCCUAGUAGAAUAUCCUCCUUGCUAAGAUGUGAGGAGGUGGGUAGCGGAGGAUGUAUGGGCAAUGCCAUAAGCUGGUCCUGGAGCCUUGCAGCUGCUGGGGCUCCAGGGACUCCUGGACCUCUCCAUCAACCUCAGCCUCUUUUCACCCCUUCUGGGUUUUUCAGCUACAUCUCUUUGUCCUCUCAGCCUCACCAGUGCUGUCCCAUCAGGGAUCUGCAGUCAGACCUCCAUUAAUGCCAGGCAGCUGCCCACCCCCAGCUCUCCGCAGCCUCCAGUGGAGACGCCUGGUUCUCCCUGCUUGGUUGUUUAUCUGCUCACGAAAUGAAGGGGUAGCCCAGGCAAUAGGCUGCUCCCCUGAAAAGGCUCUUGGCCGUGGGCUUCCCUAGCCCAUUGCACAAAACUUGGGGGCUGCCCACCCCUGCCCUCCUCCCUGGCAGUGCACGAAGCUGGUGGCCUACUGUAAGGUCUUUGCUUCAGACGUCCUUGCUAUGCUGUGAGAUGCAGCGCAUCAGCUGAGGUUCCUGGGCUGGGUGUCUGCCUUCAGUAGUGAAACAAGCACACGAUGAUCCCUCUCAAAGGGGCAGCUGUUACGGUUCUCUGUGGCGGAGGCAUGAGCCCAGUCAAGGCAGAGGCACUCCCCAUUGCGUCAGUGGAGCAAGGGAUGCAGAGCUUGCACACAGACCGGCUUGGCAGCUUCAAAGGGCUGCUCUUGCUUUCCUGCCACCCUUCAUUUCUCUCUCGAGUGAGAGAAGUCAGCUCCUGCAACAUCUCCUGUGCAGGCGGCAGCUACUGCAGUGACUCCAGAACAACGACCCUUGCAGGAAUUUGCCUGGAGGAGCGGGUGCUGGUGGGACUCCAGAGGUACCUGACCCAAAGGAGAAGGCUGUGCUCUGCCUCGUGGUGCAGGCAGUGCUCCCCCAGCUGUCAGGCUGGAGCCUGCAACUCCUUCCAGACUGCUGGAGCUACCACAAUUUCUACCUGCUUAGUAGCAGGCCCUCGGCACAGCCCUGGCCAAGUUCAUGCGUGGGAUUAUCCCGAGCAGAGCGUCACACCAAGAUGGCGAAUGCCUGCGGGGCAGACCCCCAUGCCAAGGAUGCAGCAGAGACUGAAGAGGCCAUCUAUGAGGUGAUACCCUGCAACAGGAUGGAGCUGAGCCAGCAGCUGGCUGUGGAGGAGCUCAUCACCACUGAGGCCAGCUACGUCCACAACAUCCAGCUCUGCGUGUUAGACAUUCAGGCACACCUUCAGAAGAAGCAGCUGCCUGAUCUUGACCUGGAAGGACUCUUCUCUAACACCAACGAAAUCCUCCACGUCUCCAGACGGUUCCUGAAGGGUCUUGAGGCCACGGCUACCCAGGAGCAUGAGCAGCUGCUAUGCAUCAGUGCCCUGUUCCAGGAAUUCAAGGAGGAGAUGGAGAACGUCUACAAGAUCUACUGUGCCAGCUACGAGCAUGCUCUGCUGCUGCUGGAGAGUUACCGCAAGGACCCCAGGCUGCAGGAGGAGAUCUUGAAGACCCUGAAUGCAACAGUGCCUCACACAGGUGCAUCGGACCUCAGCUUCUUCCUGGUGAUGCCAGUACAGAGGAUCACCAAAUACCCGCUUCUGCUGGGGAAGAUCCUGGAGAACACCCCUGCCAGCACCAGCGCCUACCCAGCCCUGCAGGCAGCUGUCUGCGCCAUGGCCCAGGUCAACACCAACAUCAAUGAGUACAAACGGCGCAGAGAAGUAGCAAACAAAUACAACAAGGCCGAGCACCUGACCCUGCGGGACCGCUUCGCACGCCUCAACACGCACUCCAUUGCCAAGAAGACCACGCGGCUGAGCCGGCUCUUCAUGCAUGAGGCUGGCAUUGUGGCCAAGACAGAGGACAGGGAAUAUGACGAGCUGGAGGAGAAGUUCCAGUGUGUGGUGUCCAGCGUGGCUGUGCUGAAGGAGAACAUGGCAUCCUACCUGGGCCAUUUAGAGGCAUUCCUAUUGCCCACCCCGCACAAGUGUGAGCUGCAGAUCGACGAGGGACCUGCCCAGCAGUACUGCCACUUUGCGGAAUACCUCCAUUGCACUGUUUACCCAGAGUUUAAGCGACGGCUGGACAGGCUGGUCUGCCAGCCCCUCUACAGUCUCUCAGACAUGCUGGUGGGGCCACAACAGCUGGUCAAGAAGCGACUGGACAAGCUGCUGGACUAUGAGGAGAUCCAGGAGCGGAAGAGCGAGAUGGGCAGCGUGACAUACGACGAGGAGGCAGCCAUGAACACCUACCUUGCCAUCAACGCCCUGCUUGUGGCUGAGCUCCCGCGAUUCAAUCAGGUGGCUCUGCAGCUCCUGGGGCAGAUACUGUGUUCCCUCAGCACCCUGCAACAGGACUUGGCUGCCCAGGUCCUGCACCAGGCAGAAAAGGAGCUAGAGCAGAUGCCUCGUGGCCGCAUGCCUCUGCCCAGUUUCUGGAAGAUGGUGGAAGACACCUUGCAGCAGUCUGGUGCUCAGCUCCGUACCUUCUGCCAGGCAUUUGAGAUGGUCACACCAAGCCUGGUGACAAAGCCUCUGAACCCCACUGAGGAGCGGAAGGUCCUUUCCCUUGUAAGCAAGCAUGGCCCAGACAAACUUUACCAAGUGACAAGCAACAUCAGAGGCAGCAAAGACUUGGACCUGACCUUGCAAAGGGGACAGAUUGUAGCUCUGCUGCAAAGUGUGGACACUAAGGGGAACAGGAGCAGAUGGCUGGUGGAUGCUGGAGGUCCCCGAGGGUUUGUGCCUGCUGGAAAACUCCAGCCCUAUUGCCCGGUACAAAGCCAGCAGCCCGGGAUGCAGAUGCCAGCCCUGGAGAGCAGCACAGAGAGAAGGCGACAUUCGUAUGCAUCACCUGAAGCUCCCAGGCCCCAGGUGGCCACCUUCACCCCAGCUUUCCAGGUGGUUGCUGGCUUCUCCUUCACAGCCAGGAGCCCGCAGGAGGUGAGCCUCCAGGCAGGGCAGCCUGUGGUGGUGCUGGAGCCACAUGACAAGAAGGGGAGCAAGGAAUGGAGUCUGGUGGAUGUGAGCGGCCAGAGGGGCUAUGUGCCCUCCAGCUACCUGGUGACCAUCCCUGUGCAGGAGCCCACGGGCUGGAGCUUACCUGUGUGAGCACGGCCAGCUCGGCAUCCAAGGGUACAGGCUUGGUUGGAUGAGAGCUGUCUGCUUGGCACCCAAGGACUCAUCACGGGAGAUGCUGGAGGGGGGUGACCGUGGUGGUCCUGGACCAGGGAGGUGGUGGGAAGCAGCUGGCAGAAUAUGGCCCAGGGAUGUGGGUGCAAGGGAUGGCAGUCCGGAGGCACGUUUGGAUGGGUAGGCCCGAGGGAGCCUUGUCUGUGUUUGUACAAAGGAAAGGAGUAUGAGGGAGUGAGGGCAGGAAGCUGCAGUUUUCCAGGGAUUUGCUGAAAUCCAUGUCAGUGAUAAAAGUGUCCCUAGGGGUGAUGAGACAGGAAGGACCAAGCUGCAAAGGGUGCAGUGCUGCAGAGGGGGUCUUCAGCCUGGUACAGAGCCUCUGGAGCUCUUGGGGAAAUUGCUGGUUUCAGUGCAGAGACCGAAGCAGAACAGCCCUGGAGACAUGGCUCCUUGUUCCUCACCAGGGUGUUAUGCCUUCCUGGGUGCCCACCCUGACGUGCCAUUGUGGUCCCCCAGGGCACAGCCUCCAUGCCCUGCUAACAGGCAUGGCAACGCCAGCCUGUGCCUGGCCAUGCCGUCACCAAUGGGAAGGUGCUGGGCUGAGUGCUGUGGCCGCGGUCCUCCCCAGCCCUCCUGGCCACCAAGCACUGCUCCUGGCCUCGGUUUCGCCCUGCAGCACCGUGGGGCUGAUGCUACUGACCCUUUUGAGAGGCACUUUGAGCUCUGGUGAUGAGAAACGCUGUGUACACCACCAAUGCUAUUUCGUGUGACUGAUAUGCUGACAUUAUAACAUAUUAUACUGUCUCUUUGACCCACCCGUGCUGAUGGGCUCACCCCCACGCAUGGGGCCGUGCCGUGGGGCUGCACAGUGCCCAUGGCAGCCUGGAGCAGCAGCAGCGCGGCCGCAAGAUGGCGGAGCUGCCACACCCUUCUACCAGCACGCCUCAGCAGAGGCACUGGCAGCAUUGGUUUUGGGGCGCUGGCAGGUCUGUGGAGGGGUUUUGCUGCUGCAGUGGAGUGUACGUGUCCUUGGCCAGCAUGGGAACAGCCCAAGGUGGCAGGGCUGGUGGUGCCGGUGUGAGCACAGCUGUGCCGGGGCAGCAGCUGGAAGCGAGCUGUGCACUGCUUCCCUCCCAGCCUGUGCUGUUCAGGGCUGGGGAUGGAGAACACAGCCCCUGGGGCUCUCAGGAGACCAUGUGCCCCUUGCCAACCCACACAAAUCUCCAGUGGUUUGACACACGCAUGCUUUCUAGAAGCACAGGCCCUGUGGAAGAGGUUUUUGGGACAACCAACUUGUGUUGGUCAGUCCCUGACCAAAGGCACAGUCUGGGUACGGAGACAGCACUCCCUCCCACCACUGCCUGAGACAUCAUAACUCUAUGCCUCAAUUUCCCCAUGGCUUGCUCUGAUGCUGUGCUGUUACAUGAUGCUGAUGGGGCUCAGGGCAGGGAGCCGUGCCCACGGCAGUGCUGACAUGGUGUCAGAGGGGAAUUUGGGAGCUCCCACCUGCAGCCCUAAGGGACUGGGUCCCUGCUCCCUCCAUGGGAAAGCUCAGCCUGUGGUGCCACACUGCCCACCCCUCGCCCACCACGGGUGGUGGAGCUUGGAGGCAUCCGCCCGUGCAGCAGCCUGGCGUCAUCCCGGCUGCCCUGGGCACUUGCCGCUUCCCACAUCAAAGAUGCAAUGGCCCAGCUGGCAAGCGCUGGCAUGUCAGCUCCUGUGCCCUGCUUGGCAGGGAGGCAGCAUGCUUGGCUGCCCACAGGCUCCCCAUGGGAUGUACUUUGGCAGCACGGUGGCUGGGUGUGGGUUCCCACAGUGCUGCCAUGCAGCCGAGGCUGUGGGCUGGGCAGGGGGGCAGAUGUGGUAUGUCUUCACCCAAGCUUACACUGUGUGGCGAGGGAUGGGGUGGGUGCCAGGCAGGUGGGGACAGGCCCCAGACGCUGCUUUGCUUUUGCUCUGCAUCCCACAUGUGGGUCCAGGUGCUUGGUCUGGGGUAGAGCUGCAUGUGGGGCUCACCCUCCUUUGUACCUGCAGGGUCCUGGGGCUUUAUCUGUGGGGAUGUUGGGGACUUUCUACCUCUGCCCAGGUGCUACUGAAAGCCCAAGCACACGUUCACCUUCACAAAGCCUGGGAGAAGACAGCAGCGAAGGAGCUGGGGACAUUGCCUGGGGAUGCUCCCAGCCUGGGGAAAGGUUGAUGAUCAGCUUGGGAUGGGAAAGCAGGCAGCCUGGGAGGAUGAGGGCUGCUGGGCAGAGGCUGUGUUUCUGAGGCUCGCAUGCCCAGUGCCAGCCCUGCAGCAGCAGGGCUCACACCUCCAGCUCACUGCUGAUGGCUCCUCCGGAUUUUUCUGUUCCUAAUCAAAUCACAUCAGGUUGGAUUUCCCUCCCCAGCCACCUUCCUGCCAGCUCAGUGGGGUGCAGAUGCAAUCAGCCUCACGCCAGCGCAGGUGAUAGCAGGAAUCAGCAGCUCAGGAAGGUCCUGCUCCAUAGCCCAUAGGUGCCUGGGACCCUUCAGAAGGUGAAAGGUGAGACCGAGACAAAGAGCACUGAGAAACUUCUGCUGCCUAUGCCCUGAUCUGCCUGCUGGAAGGUGACCUGGGGUGGGUAGGACUUGAUAGGCAGCUCAUAAAAUCAGUUGGGCUUUCUCCAUCCCACUCUUCAGGACUCUGGAUUUCAUGUGCUCAGAAACAACAGCUCCCCUUUCCCUCUUUCCAGCCACCGCCAGUGCUGCCUGUGUGUCAGUGCUGGACAGAAGGAGCUCUUCGCCCUCCCCACAGCUGGCACAGGGGGUGCAGGCUAUUGCGAGGUGUCCUAGAUCCCCACUGCCUUUCCUGGGCCGCCACUCUACCCAUCAAAUGUCCAUCUACCAGUGCUUGCCAGGGCUGACAGGCAUGAAGGGCAAGGUGAAAAGAGCCCAUGCACAUCCUACCAGGAGAUGUGCAUGAGCCACACACCAGCGCUCUGCAGGAGGUGGCAGCACACUGGGGACAUGGUGCUUGUGUGAGGCUUGUGCCCUGCCAGAUAACACGGCUGUGCUCCAAGCUGGGUGCAGCUGAGACACCAUGAGGCUCCUUCGUAUGGUGCUGAGCCAGCCAGUACCAGCAUCCUGCCCAGCAGCAGUGGCACUGGUGUCCUGCCUACCCUGAGGUCCAGCAGCAGCUGGAGCACACUGUGGACAUCCCUGCUAGGAAGAACGGAAUUAGUUUGUGUGUCUCCUUCCGUUUCUGAACUUGAAGGAGUGAGCUGAGCUCUGCAGUAUCCACCACUCUCGCUCCCAGCUUCGAUAGCUGUGGGACCUACCCCACGGGGUCUAUCCCCAGGAUAUGCCCUAGUACUUGUCUGCAGGACACAGGGCACCAACAUCCCUCAAUUCUCCUAUAAUUUCACCCAAACUCAUUGCACCUGCUGCUGCCCCAAGCCUGGAAGUGCCCUCUUGAAGUCGCUGGAGGGUACAGGGCUCUUCCAGCCUAAACACGAGGGGGAAUAAAGGGCACCAGUGUGCCUUUAAAUAGCCCAGUGAGGACAGGCUCUCCUCGGAGGAAUGCUUUGGCUGGCCCGGUGGAACAUGCUUGUGGCCAGAGGCAUGGGGGGGCAGCCGGGCAGAGACGGCUCCUCACCAGGUCAGGUCAAGGUUAGGCAUUGCCCUGCCUGGGCGCCACUGUGCUGUGGUCUGGCACCACGGGAGCAGGGCUGCACAAAGGGGGAGGGAAACAUGUGACUGGCCGGGGUCUUGCCAUGCCCGGGGCUGAUCUGCAAGGUGGCAGCGGAGUGAUGCAGGCACUGCUGCCUGCAACCUGCCUGCUGACCUGCAAGGGGUUUGGUACCAGCACAGCCUGGCUGCUGGAGCAGCCUGCUGGGCAACUCGGGUUGUCCAGGAGUGGCUGCUGCACUGCUGUCCAGGCUGAUUCAUAUCCUGGACAUGCAGGCAUUUGGAUAGCGUCCACCGACGAGGUGUGACAGCACACAGCCGUGUCCCUGGGGUGCAGGGCACCAGCCUGGCCACAUGCCAGAGAGCGGGCCUUGCCAGCUCAGACUCUGCUCUCCCUUGACUUGUGGGGCAUGCCUGUCACUGGGGACACGGCAGUGGCCGUGGGCAGGGUGGAGAGCCGCAAAGCACAUCUCCAGAUGGAGACACCCAGAUCACAGGGAGGAUGGCUGCAUGCCCAGGUGUCGAUGUGUCCACUGGCUCUGCUGGGGCACCCAGGCAGAGGGGACGUGCAAGAGGAAAGCUGCUGCCAGGGAAGCCCCAAGCCCGGGCUUCCACACCCAGACCUGUCCCCUCAUCAUGGGGUGCCAGGAGGGGAGAAGGGGUACAGCAGGGCUGCAGUGGGCAGGGAAGGAGAGGAGCAGGGUGGCUGCCCCAGGCUGAAGGGCACAGCUAGCCUGAGUGGAGCUGUGUUUGCAGGCAUGGUGCUUGAGUUCACCACCACUGCCAAGUUGAGCUGGCUCCGAGCAGAGCCAGCCUUUAGCUAUGCUGUCCCCAGGCACCUGCACAUGUGUGGGACCCCAUGUGAAGCAGCCUGCAGUCCCGGCACCCUGGCCCCCGGCAGCCUGUGCUGGUCCUUGCUAGCCAUGCCGCCAGCCCUGACAGUGUGGUGCUGUGCGGCCUGAGGGAGGGCUGAGCUCCAUGGAGAGUGGCCCUGGGGCUGCAAGACAGGAGCAGAGGCAUGAGCAGCAAUGCUCUCUCCAGGCUUGCGCAGCCAGCACCUGAAUUGUCUAAUAAAGUGUGAAAUUUCUUUCAUGCUCUGCUA